CCUCCUGCGCCAUCAGCAGGUCAUACUUUUAAUUACAAAAUGUUAUAUGACUACUGCUGGCCUCAAAGAAAGAGGAUACUGCUUGGUGACUAGAAUUCAGUAGCUCUUGAUCCAAGAUUGAAGUGCCCGGCGAACAGACAUGGCUGAACGUCGUGUUGGAAUAAUCGAGCAAGUUUGGGCACAAGUGAACUUUUAAACCUUUGACCGCUCUCUAAUGUGAGAAGCAAACGCCACAUCAUUUCUCCAGGCCGAAAAUGUCCCAGGGAUGUACAGUUUCUGUGGAAGAAGUCCAGUCUUGGUGGGAAGUCCCCGCCAUCGCCCACUUCUGUUCGCUGUUCAGGGCAGCGUUCAACCUUCCUGACUUUGAAAUAGAGGAAUUGGAGAAAGCGCUUUCAGAGCAGAACUUGAACUUCCUCGGGGACCUUAUUGCUUGUCUGCUGCAGGGAUGUUACCAGCGCACUGACAUUACCCCCCAGGCAUUCAGCAGAUACCUGGAUGACAUCAUCAGCUACAGAUGGGAGCUGGAAGAGGGAAAGCCCAACCCACUUCGGGAGGAGCCCUUUGAAAACCUGCCGCCUCGUACUCAGGUUGAACUACUGCACCGUCUGUGCGAUUACCGUCUGGAUGCUGCUGAUGUCCUUGACCUGCUGAAGGGUCUGGAUUCAGACAGCCUGAGGGUAGAACCUCUUGGGCAAGAUGGGAAUGGAGCCCUCUACUGGUAUUUUUAUGGCACUCGUAUGUACAAAGAAGAACUACACAAGGGAAAAGUGGAUACGAUCAGUGAAAACCCUGAGUUAACAUUACCAGAGAAAAAGAAAAGAGGGAGACCACCAAAAAAGAAAAAAAUGGAGGACUCUCAACUGAGUGAUGCGGAAAGUGAAGAAAAUGCAGAAAAUGGAAUAGAUGAUUUGUCCCCUGUUAAAGGUCAUAAGCUAGGCACCUGGUCACUUGUGUGCGAAACAGAGGAUCAGUGGGUUAAUUUGGCUGAAAGCAUAAAGGAUAAACUUUCUCCACAAGACCGCCAUCUCUACCGUGUUAUCAGCCAGAAUUUUCUGCCUGAGAUACGCAACAUGAUUGAACACAAGGAACGAGAGCAGAAACAGAAACUUGAGGAUCCAACGCCAUUCCGUGCAUCACAAUGGUUCUCUGAAAAACACAUCCAUGAAAAUGAGGAGGACAAUGUGAAUGAUACAGGUGAGUUUGAAAAGAGAAAAGACGAAGAGCUGGACAGGCAGGUCCUGCUGGCCGAGCAGAGGCGAGAAGCAGAAAGGCUUCAGCAGGAAGAACGUCAGCGAGAGAAAAUGGAGAAGAUCAAAGCUGUGGAGGAGCGGGCAAAGCGACGGAAGAUGCGAGAGGAAAAGGCUUAUUUAUUGUCUGAAGGAAAAGACCUCCCACCAGACCUUUAUAAUUUAGAGCCUUCUUCGCCAGUCCUCAGAGCACGGACUACUAAAGAAUUCAUUGACAUGGAAGAAGACUAUACGGGUUUAUACAAAGUGCUGGAGGCUCUAAAGGUUCAUAAAGAUGCUUGGCCCUUCUUGGAACCUGUGGAUGACUCUUAUGCCCCCAAUUACCAUGACAUAAUCCAGACCCCCAUGGACCUGUCUACCAUUGAAAGGAAACUCAAUGAUGGAGAGUAUGUUGCUAAAGAGGAGUUUAUAUCAGACGUGAAACUUAUAUUUCAAAAUUGCAAGGAAUACAACGGCGAAGAUAGUGAAUACACAGUGAUGGCAGAGUCUCUCGAACGGUGUUUUAACCGGGCCCAAUUGAAACACUUGCCGUCAGAGGAUGGCGACACAGAUGAAGAAUUCCACAUCAGCAAAGAAGACAAGGAACGCAAGGAGAAAAAACGCAGUCGUGGCAGUAAACAUUUGGGUCCUGAGAGUUUAAUCAAGGCCACUGAAGAGGUUCAGCGGAAACGAAGUUUGCAAGGAGGCAAAGGACAAAAACCAUUAGAGGACAAAGUGUGCAGGUCAGUUCGACAGCUUCCACCCUCUAAUUGGGGCUUUCCUCUGAGCCAACAACACCGCCAAGAAGGAGACACCAGGGGCAUGUACCACCCAGGACAACAGUUGCAUCGUUAUCCUGGGCCCACUGAUUCUCAAGGGCCGCAAAUGUAUGCACAUAGAAUGGGCAUGGAACAUCAACGCUUUGCCUACCCAGGUCACAUUCCAAGGCUUGGAGACCCCAACAUGAAUCGUUUGCCUCACAACUACAACAUCCAGCAUCACAUGGGCCAUAGAUAUCCAAUGGGCCCUGAUGGUAACCAGCCUCUUCACCAGCAGCAGCACCCAUAUAUGGGCCCAACACACGGCCCAUCUUUAGGGCCCCGACCAAUUGCCCUUCAACUUCGACCUCCUCCUGAAGCAAGCAUAUACCCAUCUCACUAUCAUCCAGAGAGCCAUACGAUGCACCCAAUGGGGAACCGGUUAUCAGGGCCUAACGGACCUCAGAGGCACAAUUACACAGGCUUGAGACCUCCCGCUAUGGGACUGUCUAACAUGUGGACUAAACUGAAUCAUCUGGGUCCAGAAAGACCUAGUGGAAUGCGCAUGCAAGAUGCUAAUAUGGUCAACCAGCACAAUUUGAAUUACGGAGGAGUGCCGCCUCCUGUAGGACAUAAACCAUGGCCGGAAGCUGCUGGAUAUCCGCAUCCUCCAUCCAAUGCUCAAUACCAAAUGCCUGCAGCAGUGGUCAGCUCCUCGGCCCCCGUGCAACAACACCAAUCUGACUCUUCCAUCAGCACAACACGGUCAGCCUCUAUGUUGGAAAGUCCAGAGAUGCUAGCUCUGCAGCAGCUGUCAGCUUCUUUGGGACCUCCUGCUGCUUCCCCCCAUCAGGACAUGCGCCACUUUACACAGUCCAAGCUCCCAUCAAGGGUUGGCAGCAUCCCAACUUGUCCCUCUCAGCAGGCUCCCCUAGCCCCUGAGGUUCAGCUGCUGCGUCCCGCAGCAGACAAUAGGCCAGACAGCCAGUCUUCCCCACAGACAGACAUUCAGCCAAAAGGGGCAUCAGAAGAAAACGUGGCCGAUGCAGACAUUUCCAGUGAAGCUCCUUUAUCAGAUGACACUGUUUCCCUUAACCAAGACCAACCCUCUGUUCCUAAACCUACUGAACACCAGACAUUGCACAGCCCUGAAAGACCUCAAAAAAUGGUGCCAGGACAAAAACUGUCACGGGGUCCCGGAGAGUGCCAUAUACUGGAAGGAGAUGGCCAACUUCAAAAUAAUGGUUCCAAUUCUUUGUCUUUGCAGUUCAGUCCUAGUAAUAACAAUUACAAGAACCCUUAUCCACCUAAUACUGCUCAGCCUGCACAGAGCAGUCCUCUCCAGAGCCCUGAACUUAUCCAGAAGUCCAUGUCGCCAUCCUCGAAUACCACACCUGAUAGCAGCUCUCAACAAAUGCUAAAUGCACAUCAGCAUCAUGAGCGGAAUGUCCAAAAACGGCAUCAGCAACAUCCAACCCAUGAACCUCUAAAUGGGCUGGUGCCAGACCACCACCACCACUCUCCUUCACAUAUGAGCCUAAGUGCAACACAAGUGCAAACUCCUCGUCAAACCGCACAGAGAAGCACUAUUCAUGGCAUGUCACAUGGUGCCUCACAGGGACCCCAACCUGGGCCCCCUCAUCCAGCCCCUCUCACCUCUCUCCCUCCCAGCCACCCUACUCCACACUUACCUUCCCAGCCAAGCCCAGCGGAACAUGGAGAUCAAACACCCUGCGAGCCACCAGGUCGGGUAGACCGUGCAGGUCUGCAGGCAGUUCAACAGGUGCCUUCUAAUACUGCUUAUAUACAUCAGGCUUAUGGUCCAAACAUUAAUCCAACAACAAUGAUGAUAACCAGUAGCCCAAGUGUUCAGACACCCGCUCACAAUACAGCAGUGCCUCCUCAUUCUCAAUCCCAGAUAAAUGGAGUCGUAGCUUCUUACAAUAUAGGAAACUCUCAACAUCCACAGUAUACUCAGACAAACAUGACGAGAGCCAUUUCUCAUUCUGCUCAUCUCCCAUAUCACAACCAGACCCUUCACAAUACCCAAGACCACUCCGGCUAUCACCAGCAACAAAGAACUGCUUAUUCAUAUAGCAUGCCGGGCCCUCAGCACCCACACGCCAAUGCCAACAUGUACCCGCCGUCAUUCCAAGAUGAACACUACUACAAUGGACCACAGGCCCAUAACCUUGCCAACUGUAGAGGGGGUUUUCCUCCAGACGAUUGGCAGCGUUCUCAGCGGUCCAUGCUGCCUACUACCUACCUGCCUGCUUCCAGUGCCAAAGGAAGCAAUCAAGCAAAUGACAUUUGUGUUUCACCGACUGGCUCUGAGGGCUCCACUGGUGUGAGUGUAUUGUCCCCUGAAGGAGGACGUUUGGAGGAGAGGAAAUGGGAAAGCAGAAACAGUGGCAGCCGUAGCCCAGCAACGAGCAGUCACACUAAGACUAACUCAGAACGACCUGAAAGUCCAAAAGAAAUCCUGGAUCUCGAUAGCCACAAUGCUGCCACGUCCCGUCGGAGCAACCAGCCACUCGCCCCUACCGCAUGCAUUCCGCCCACUUUCAUCAAUGACCGACGCACUGUGCAGUCGGGCGGUGCGCCACCAUCCCACAGUGGAGUUGGGAACGGAGCCCUUUACCCGAGACCGCCAUAUUUAGAUCCAGCACCAUUUACUGUGCAGAGACCUCACCCGCACCUGAUGGAAGCCCUUCAGCGCCCCCAGCAGCUGCCCCUCUCGCCCGCUCAGAUGCGCAUGGCCAUGUACCCUCGCUCUGGUGGCCACUUUCAAAGCAUGAUGAUACAGCAAAGAAGCUUACCGUCUGAAAGCUUCCUCCACCCGGGGCAACAGGUGAGGACUGCGCCAGGCAAUUCAAGUACAAAACAAGCAUGAUGAACCGAAGCACAAGAGGCGCACAUGUUGACCCACCUGACAAGCAGCACAAUUUAUAGCAUCCACUAUACAGAAACUUUAAACAGAAACUUUGGUAAAUUUUGUUACCCUGGCUUCCAAUUGUGGUUGGACCUGGAGUGUCCUGCCCCACCUCCCCAAGAAAAAUCCCAAUACUUAUUUCUACUGAGCCCUAGUGAACAAGGGUGUUUGGGUUUUGAUCCUUAAGACAUAUUGUAGUCCAGUAAGAACAAUUGCCCACCUUUUCAACUGUGAAAAAUCAAAAUAUGCACAGAGGGUAAACCUUUCUAGAAAAGUGCUGUUACCUACUGAUUCAAAUUGUUCAAACUCAGGUACUGUAGAAAGAACAUAAAGGGGGGGAACAGUCAGACUGUCACCUUGACCAAGACAACUUCCUGGUCUAGUUGUCUUUGUCGAUUUUGUGAAUGUAAGAGUGAAUGUUAAGACGAUAAGCACACUUGCAUGUCAAUGAGAGGGAUAUGUAUUUUGAUUACUUACAUCUUUUUCCUGUGUAUUUCCACGUAGAAACUUGAAUUUCGUUAGUCCAGAAAAAAUGCUUAUACACUGAACUUUUUUUUCCAUCUUAUUUUUAAUCUUCCUUCAGCGGUAAUGCUGUUUUUGGUGAGUCUGGGAAAGAUGACACUUGUACUGAAAUGUAUCUGACUCCAUUAUGCACUAUUUCUUCGUUAGACUAAACCUCCUGUGUGGCCUUGGAUAGUCUUUGUUAUAGUUGAUCCUUUAUGUAGAUCUAUAAAUGGAUGUAAAACUAUUAGUGAACCCUUUCAGUGAGAAGAUCGCUUAAUCAAGAGGCCGUUUUCAGGUGUCACAUCCUUCUUGCUGUCACGAAUUAAUGGAGCAAAUCCAUUCUGAAUAUCAAAUGUGACAUUUGGCAUUCCACCUGUUCUGUGUUCAUUCACAACCUUGUUCUUUGAGUGUUUGCUGUUUCGCUUCCUCUUCUCAGGGAUAAACUUUGUACGGGUAUUUUUCUGCUCUGUUUAUAUACGGAGGUGCAGAUUAGGGACACGUUCUACUAGAUUUGUGGUAAAUUGACCUCAGUUUGAUGUGAGAAGCAUCACUUUUAAAGGGAAGUAAAGUAAAAUGACAUGUUGGUGCUAUAUGAUUUGUUUUAAUCUUAGUAACUCAUGUAUAAUAUACAUGCAUUGAAAAUAAUUUGCAGCUAAAUGUAUUAAAAACUUUAUUUCGCUGUAAAUCUCCAUUGAUGUUUACGUCGCAAUGUGGUGAUGUAAAUUGUUGCCACCGUAAUUAUAGUACACAUUAAAAAGAGUGUUCGAAAGUGGUUCGAAAAUUGCUCCUGUCAGUCUGCGACAACAAUUAUUUGUUGCUGUAUCACAUGCUAAGAUAAUAUGUGCAGAUGUCACUUCAAAUGAAGUUGAAAUUCUUAAUCGACAUUGAGGAGACGGCAUUUUUUUCAGUUGUGGGUGGAGGUUCCUAAAUGCAUUUUCUACCCAAAGUGCCUGUGAUCAAUUUCUGUGGAGCCAUGUGAGCAGGGGUGCCCUAAACAAUUUGCUGCUCCAGGCAAGUGGUUCCUUGCGCUUGGCAACUUGACAAAACUUGGAAAUUUGAGGGCGCCUUUCAAACAAAUUGUAUCAAAAUAUCUAUGAGUUAUAAGGAAAACAUAAGCAAAAAUAACACAGGAAAAAUGCACAUUUAUUUGGUAGACUGGGCCCCCGGCUGGCGCCCCAGUACGUUGCCUGGUCUGCCUGAUGGGAAGGCUGCCUCUGCCUACGAAACUAGUUGACUAGUAUUAAGCCAUGGGGCUGCUCGACAAGACCCUUUUGGGGCAAUUAAAUUUGCAUUGUCAUCAGUGAACGUUUACCACAGACACACCAUCAAAUGUGAACAACUAAAGCUGUCUUGGUCAAUCUUCUAUUUUGGGGGGGAGGGGGGGGGGUCAUUGGCUCGUACUGGAAAGGCACGGAACGGUUGAGAGCUCUUCACUACAGCCCUCAGCCUUAAACAACAAUGGCGACUUGCAUAGAAAUAAAAUUUUCAAUAUUAAACUGAAUUUAAGCAUAAUUUUAGUAUAUAUAUGUUUAUAUAUUAUAGAUGAGUUACUAACAUUCAAAGAAAACGGAACCAACAUACCAACAUGUCAUUUAAAUGAUGGUUCCUUUUAAAAUGUUCUUUUGAGCACAAGUAAACUUGCAUUACUUAUUGCUUGCUGUGGUCUCGACGUCACACUGGCUUUAUUUUGUUGGGGGGAGGGGGUAGAUUUUUUGGUUUCCCCCUUUAAUCUUUUUUUUUUUUUUUUUUUUUUAACCUCUGUACCACCACCAACCAUCUCGACAUGUUGUUGUUUUAUUCUUAUAUCAGUUUGGCAGUGACUAAAUCUACCUCAUUGAGCCAAACUUCGGAUUUGACAGGGUCUUGGGAGUUAUCACUUUUAAUUUAGCGUUAUCAAUUGUUUGCCAUAACAUUUUCAGCAAAAUGAUGCUGUGCCAAAUGGUAGUGCUUGCUGACCGACCAAUUAUGACCAUGGGGGAAAAAAAUGAACCUCGCUGAAAUAUGCUAAGUGUCAGCUUUACAUCAAGGAUUUACUGUAUUUGUAUUUGCCUUCAUAUCUGCACAGUUUGCUAUGUUCUAGUAGAAGUUUGACAUGUUGGUAGGAAUACAAAAUUUAUAGCUAUAGCUACCUAUUUUUUUCUAUAUAUUGAUUGAGGAUUGAUAGAUAAAAGUAGGAGCUUCCUGGAGUGAGACUGUGUAUUCUAUUGAACUAGUAAAUUGUCUCACUGUAGUUGAUGUAUUGGUGGCUGCUUUGAGGUUUUUUUUUUUCUUUUUCUUGCAAUUUCAUUUGUAAACUGUUUUCCAAGGCUGUGUCAGGUAGUGGCUGGUGGUGUCUUGUGGUGGACAGGUGUGUGAGUGUGUCUGUUGUUCAGUUUGAUGCCAGAUAUCUGCAGGUGUAUGUGUGUGUGCACGCACAUGAGUCCGCUGUCAUUCAUUAGUGAAAACCAUUUUAGAUGUGAAUUAUAUUUAUUUGCUAUUUGACAAAUUUUUGUACAUUUUUGAAUGUGUUUUAAUAUAAUUUCUGUCCAUGCCCCCCCCCUUUUUUUUUGUAAUUUCUGUUCACUACCCCCCCCCCCCCUUUUUUUUUUUUUUUUUUUUUUAAUGUCACAAUGUGUGUACGUAUUCUUUGUAUUGUGUUGGAAAUGAAUUACCUAAGUUUCAGUGGUGUUUACAAGUUAUUUUUUACUUGAAUGACAGAUGGUUUGGGAGAUGAACAAGA